CAGGCCCGGCCCGCGCCCGCAGGCCGCCCGCCGCCCGCGCCGCCAUGGGGGUGGAAGGCUGCACCAAGUGCAUCAAGUACCUGCUGUUCGUCUUCAAUUUCGUCUUCUGGCUGGCCGGAGGCGUGAUCCUGGGCGUGGCCCUGUGGCUCCGCCAUGACCCCCAGACCACCAACCUCCUCUACCUGGAGCUGGGAGACAGGCCUGCACCCAACACCUUCUACGUGGGCAUCUACAUCCUCAUCGCCGUGGGCGCCGUGAUGAUGUUCGUCGGCUUCCUGGGCUGCUACGGGGCCAUCCAGGAGUCGCAGUGCCUGCUGGGGACGUUCUUCACCUGCCUUGUCAUCCUGUUUGCCUGUGAGGUGGCCGCCGGCAUCUGGGGGUUUGUCAACAAGGACCAGAUCGCCAAGGACGUGAAGCAGUUCUACGACCAGGCACUGCAGCAGGCCGUGGUGGACGACGACGCCAACAACGCCAAGGCCGUGGUGAAGACCUUCCACGAGACGCUCAACUGCUGUGGCUCCAACUCACUGACAGCGCUCACCACCUCGGUGCUCAAGAACAACCUGUGUCCCUCGGGCAGCAACUUCAUCAGCAACUUCUUCAAGGAGGACUGCCACCAGAAGAUUGACGAGCUCUUCUCGGGGAAGCUGUACCUCAUCGGCAUCGCGGCCAUCGUGGUGGCCGUGAUCAUGAUCUUCGAGAUGAUCCUAAGCAUGGUGCUGUGUUGCGGCAUCAGGAACAGCUCCGUGUACUGAGCCCCGCCCCGCCGCCCCGCCUGUACAGAGCCACCCCGCCUCACUCCCGCACGCAGCCUGCCGGCCUCUCCGGGCUCUGCGUUGCCCCCGGAGCCCCUGUGGCUGACGCCGCGUGCCAGGGGCACCUGCCGAGAGGGGGGCCGGGGCCUUGUUAAUCCUGUUGCUUUCCUGCCUGUUCCGGGAGCACCUGUCCUUUCUAACGUCACCCUUCAACUGUAACGCCCGCAGCUGGACACAGUCUGUAAUAAAGGAGGAGACAUCGGGCAUGCUAA